AUGUGUGAGCCUCGAUUCGGCACGGGGGAACUUGAGAGCAAAGGCAAACCCGUCUUGUGUCCGCAGCUGUGUGAAAAGUGGUUCAAUGCAUGCAAGGAGGAAUUUGUAUCUGCCUCCCCUUCAGGGAGCAGCAGCGCCCUGACAUUCUGCGAUGACAGCUCCCUCAUCUGCUCUCGGCUCUCCGCUACGCUGGGAGACAGUCUCUCUUUCUGCCGUCAGAUGGGCUAUGAUGUUCUGGAAGACGCUGGAGGAGAUUCUUCAGAGGUCCUUGGCCGGAGGAGACGCAGCUGCUUUAACGGCACCCCUACGGCCUCAUUUGGCGCCGCUCCGAAGCGAUCAGAGAGCGGCGAGGGCUACAGGCGCAAGCGGGAGACCCAAGACGACUGGCAUGAGUGGUUACGAGGGAUAGGUUUAGCAGUGUAUGAGGUGCUAAGUCGGCCGGAGGUUUGGCUGCUUUUGUUGGUGAUGGGUUUUCUGCUUAACCAGCUAGUGCAGCAAGCGAAAGACAUAAUUUUGACGCAAGUGCAGGCAGAGAAGCUGCAGCGCCGAAAACAGAUUCUUCAGAGGUACGGCAUCGAAGAGGAAGAAGAGGAAGUUGAGUGUGCUCCAGCUACAGAUGAAAACGAUAUUGCUGCUUCCAGCGGCGGAACAGAGGAGGAGACGAAGGCUGCUGAGCCGCUUCGAAGUGCUUCCCCCCGCUCCAAGCCUACAAGGGGCCCUUCUUAA